AAGGCCCUGUGCACUUCCCAGCUGCGGGGGCUCCUGCUGCCCUGAGCCCGCAGAGCAGGGCAGCGUUUGCUGAUGGUUUGAGCCGUUCCUAAAGACUCUGUCAGCCUGUCUUGGACACUUGGGGUGAGGGAUUCCUUCUAACCUGGCCAUCUUGGGUGGGCUGGAGGCGGCCAUAGCGCAGGGGGCAGUGUGUGCAGGGGCCCUUUGUGACAUGCUGCAGCAUGGUCACCAUGGCAUGGAACAGCGUGUCAAAGGACCCUUUGUGACACGUGGUGACAUAGGAGCUGGCGGUGACAAGGCCAUGCCACAGUGCUCCAAGCACUUGACAGGACAGGACGGGACAGAGCAGUGCUGUGAGGAGCCCCCACACAGCGCACUCCUUCGUGUCUUACCUGGAGGAAUCUCUCCUGCAAGUAGCCACAAAUCCAGCCACUGACAUGGAGCAGAGACCCCCAAGAGUGCCCAAGCUGGCCUGGGUGGAGGAAGAGGAAGAAGGCCCUGGAGCUGCCCCUGCACACGAGACUGAAGAAGUGGUGCCAUUCAAGCAGCUGCAGGAGGGUGCAGCCGUGGAGCGCACACAAGAGCAGAAACGCACCCGUGGCCGCUUCCGCAGAACAGCGCAGCUGGUUUGCAAAUUCAUGAAGAGGAUCCGGGAGGAAGAGACCACCAUGGGCACAGGGCCCAGAGCAUAUUCGCACAUCUUCAAAACCCAGACCUGUGCUGCCCUGGCUGAUAUGCUGGUAGAGGAGGGGUUUUCCAAUCCAAAGCAAGUGCCCGCCAUGGUGAGGUACAUCCACCAGUGGCUCGAGGCCAACCAGUUUGCUGAGCACAGGCUGAACAGGACCCUGCUGGAUCUCACCGAAGAACGGCCCGCUGACGUAGUCAUGACGCUCCUGCGUGUGGCCCCAUUGUGUGACAGAGCUGCUUUGACCAUGUGGAAGAGCAUCAUGUGUUCGCCCAGGACUGCAGAGCCGGCCAUGCUCGUACUCCUCGAUGUGCUGGGCAGCUGGCCAGAGCACAGCACGUGCACCUCCGAUGGGGACAAAACGGGUGUCUUUGUCCUGGCUGCAACUGUGCUGAUGUGGAAGAUCCUCCAGCUGCCCUGUGUCCCACAUAUGGUGACUGUGUAUCUCCCCCACCUAUUUGUGCAUCUGCUCUUCCAAGUGCUCUUCAGCACUCUGGAUGUGCCAGAGGAGGUCAAUACCUUCUGGAAGGGAUGCCAGCAGCAAUAUGGCCUUGACACCAGCCCCAACAGGUUUGCAGUGCAGACCCUGAAGUCCCUGCUCUGCCAAAUGCAGCACGAGGAUGUGGUGGUGGCAAUGGAACGCAAGUGUGGCUGGGACAAGCUGCUGUGUGCUGACACCUACCACCAUGCCGUGGGUCUGCUGGCCAAGGAGAUGUCCUGUGUCUCCAUCCCCUUGUGCUCCCGGAUCGCUCGCUACCUGCUCCGGCUGCUCAGCACACAGGAGCCACGCUGGGAGCUGCCCUCCCUGGCGUUCUUUGUGGAGGUCCUCAAGUGCCUGGACAUGACUGAACGCGGUGCUGACAGAGUCCUGCAAAUCUUGUCAAGGCACCUGCAGAGCGGGUGCAGAGAGAAGUGUCACCUGGUGCUCAGAGCCCUUCUUGAUCUCAUCAACAAUCCCUUGAUGAGCAAAAAAAUGUGGAGCCUGACUGAAAGUCUUGUGGAGCUCCUCUGGGACGCAGAUGGAGAGAUAGUUAGCAUGACAGCCAUGCUCCUCAACUUUAUCAUCUUGGAAAAGGACAUGCUGAUACCCAGCUCUAUCGCACUGCAGCUGGUUGAGGCUCUCCUGCCACUCCUUGACCACGACAAUAGCCAGGUGCAGCUGCUCUCCAUAGUGCUCCUUGGAACAUUGGUGACUCUUCCACAAGAAAAGGAAAAAGAGGCCCUGAAGACACACGUGCACCAGAGCCUGCUGCCACUCUUCUUCCACUGCCAUGAUGAGAAUCAGCGAGUGGCACAGGCUUCUCAGGAAACGCUUCUGUGUGCGGCCGAGUUCCUGAAGAGGACGGAACUUGAAAAGCUGGUGAAGAGCAAGAAGCUGUGGAAGUUCACAGAGUGGCUGCUGGCAGAGGACAGGAGCAGAGUGGCCGAGCACCUGCGCCGGGCCCUGCCCUACCUGCAGAACCUACAGCAGCCCCUGCGAGAGGCGGCCGUCAGGUUCAUGGGGACGGCCGGGCAGUACCUGAGGGGGAGGACCAAAGAGCUCCAGCUCAUCUCUGAGGCCCUUGAAGGCAUGGCCAAUGACAUCAGUGUCGCCGUCGGAAGCCUGGCAAUUCAAACAUUGUACGUCCUCCAGGGAACAGAGAGAGCUCCAUAUUCCAUCUUUGGCAACCUGCAUGAUCGGCUCUGCAGGGCAUGGAGGAGACGGCCUCGUCUGUCGGGGCUCGGCUGGCUGCGCUGCUGGAGCUCUGCAGAGAGCUGAUCCCAGAGAUUCUGUCUGCUGGGGCCACCUGAGCCAGCAGGAAUGUUUAAUUUCUUCAAGAUUGUUCUUUCCUUUUUUUUGUUUUCCUUUAGCAUAUAAAUAUAGGAUGUGUUGUAAUA